GAAGAGAGCAUGCCUCGUAUGUCUAAAACGCCAGAGCAGAGCCAAGAAAAGAGUGGCUACCUAGAAGAUCACUCUCCUGAAAACCGCUGUGAAGGCUCUGAAGGACAUUCUGUCACAGAGUUAUUACAUACAGUUAAGGAAGUUUCCAAAAUGAGCAUUGCUCAUGAAAUUGUAGUAAACCAAAAUUUCCGUGUGGAAGAAAAAAUUUUACCUCCAAACAGUCCAGAAGGCAAGCUCACAGAAAAAAUGUACGACGCUUUUUGGGACCAUCUGAGAGAACAGUUAUCGAGUCUUCCCCCUGACUUCACCAGUGCUCUUCAACUUUUAAAAGACGUUAAAGAGGCCUUACUAUCCCUACUGUUACCACGCCAAAUUCGCCUUAAAAAUGAGAUAGAAGAAAAUCUGGACAUGGAUCUUCUCAAGCAAGAAUCAGAGCAUGGGGCCCUGGAUGUGAAUCGUCUCUCUAACUACAUUCUUAAUUUGAUGAUCCAGCUGUGUGCCCCAAUUCGAGAUGCAGCAGUGAAGAAACUAAAAGACGUAACAGAUCCUGUGCUUUUAUUGAAGGGCAUCUUCCAUGUUCUGGGCCAAAUGAGAGUGGACAUGAUAAACUACACUAUCCAGAAUCUUCGACCCUACCUGCAGGAACAUUCCAUUGAGUAUGAACGAGCUAAAUUCCAGGAACUCCUCAACAAGAAACCUAGUCUUCUGGAUCACACCACCAAGUGGCUAAACAAAGCAACAGCAGACGUGACAGCAUCACUUUCAGGUUUUGAAUCCACUAGUUCCACUUCUAACAGCUUUGAGACCCCCACCCUCACAAUGGUGCUAUACCAGGGUUACCUGAACCUCCUCCUCUGGGAUGCAGAAGAUGAUGAAUUUCCUGAGACUUUGCUAAUGGACAGAGGUAGGCUGAAAGAAAUGGCGUUUCAGUUGGAGCAGUUAACUGUCUUGGCAUCUGUCUUGCUAGUGGCCAGAAGUUUCUCCGGAAACGUUUUAUUUAACUCACCUACAUUUGUGGAUAAAUUGAAAUCCAUAACCAAAGUCCUGACACAGGACUUUAACUCCAGGCCUGAAGAGGCUAUGCUGAGUGUGAGUGAGCAACUGUCUCAGGAAAUCCAUCAAGGCCUCGAGGACAUGGGGCUCACUCCCCUGAGCAGUGACAACACAACAUCUCUAAUAGGCCAACUUAAAAACAUUGUAAAGAAGGACAACUGUGUUCGUACCGUCAUUGAUCAGCGAAUCCGAUUGUUUCUCAAAAGCUGUUUCAUUCGUGGUAUACAGGAGUCUUUGCUAGACUUUCCUGGAGGCCUUAUUCUUAUCAAGGAGGAGUUGGAAGAAUUGGCACGGAGAUUUGUUAACCUAAUGUAUCGUAAUCAGCAAGUAUUUAGCCCCUACUAUGUUGAAAUCUUCAAAAAUAUCAACCAUCCAGUUCAGGACUCAGGAAGGGAACUGUAAUCUGAUAGUGACAGGAGCCAAUACUGACAUCUGGAACCUAGGAGAAAAGGUUUUUGGAUGACAUCAUAUGUGGCUCUCAGGGCAGCCAGCCCUCCUACACUCUGCAUCCAAUAAAGAAGGCUGUAGAAGUCAAGCACGUAAACAGCAAUUAGAUCAACCCACUUCAAAAAUAAAAUUCCGAGCUGCAAGAAAA